AUGGAAAUGGAAGACGCCAAUGUAGUAAACAUUAUUUUAAAUAAUCUUGAAAAUGCGUACGAUGAAAGUUCUUCCUCAGAUGAAGAUGAUGAACUUCUUAUUCGUUUGGUCAAAUACAAAAUUCCUAAGAUAGAACAUUUUAUAGAUGAUGUUGUGAAUAAACUAAACGAUUGUUUGUUUAAAAGCCAUUUUCGCAUGAAUAGAUCAUCAACAAACAAAUUAGUUGAAAAAUUUGGAAGUUCUUCGUUUUACCCCAAGAGUGUGGCAGGACAGAAAUCGGUCAGUUCAGAGAACCACAUACUGUCUUUCUUAUGGUUUGCUGGUAACAAAUGUUGUCUGCGUGAUGUCUCCCAAAGAUUUGGAGUUGGCAUAGCAUCACUGCAUCGACAAUGUGAUCGUGUGAUGGAGUUUCUAGUUAGCAUAGCCCCUCAAAUAAUUACAUUUCCUACAGGAGACCUACAAAAGUUAAGCAUGGCUAAGGAAUUUGAGAAAGUGAGCUUACCAGUUUUCUUAAACUAUUGCACAGAUAUACCCAUUAGAACACCAGUACACAAAAUUAAAUCAACAUAUGUUAAUCGACAUGAUAUUCCUUCUAUAAAAUUGCAAGCUGUAUGUGAUUAUAAAAGACGAUUUAUGCACAUUUUAUCAGGUGCACCUGGAAAAAUUCACGAUGCACGUUUAUUAAAAUUAUCAAAGAUAAGAGACAAAUUAGAAGUUUUAUGUGGACAUGAUUACCACAUACUUGGUGAUUCUGCUUAUGCUCUAAGAACAUGGCUGUUAACACCAUUUAGAGAGUAUGACUUACACGACAAUAGAAAUAAAAAUUAUAACAAAAAAUUUAGUGCCACAAGGGUACUGAUAGAAAAUGCAUUUGGCAUAAUGAAAAAUCGUUUUCAACAACUUCAAUGUGUCCAGAUCCACACAGUAAAUCGUAUUACGAAAUUUAUUACAGCUUGUUGUGUGUUACACAAUUUAUGUAUAGAAUGGAAUGAUAAUCUAGAAAUGGAACAUUUCGAAAUUGAUGACUUUGCAGCGCACAACGAGGAAACCGAAGACAAUGAUACUAAACUACGACGUUGUGGCGAAAGAAAACGUAAUUAUAUUAAGGGAAUAUUGUAA